AUGGCGGCCCCCUUGGAGCUGAGCUGCUGGGGCGGCGGCUGGGGGCUGCCGUGGGUACACAGCGAGUGCCUGGUGGUGAUGUCUUAUGCCAAAUUUUCUGGUGCACCCUUGAAAGUCAGUGUUAUAGAUAACACCUGGAGAGGUUCACGGAAGUAUAAUGCUGAUUAUGAACUUUCAGCAAAACAAGGGGCAGAUACACUGGCAUACAUUGCUCUCCUGGAAGAGAAACUUCUCCCGGCUGUGCUUCACACAUUCUGGGUUGAGAGUGACAAUUACUUUACUGUGACGAAGCCAUGGUUUGCUUCACGGAUUCCUUUUCCCUUGAAUUUAAUUCUGCCUGGGAAGAUGUCAAGGGGAGCACUUAACAGAAUACUCCUGACGAGAGGAGAGCCUCCUCUCUACCGUCUCCAAGAAGUGGAAGCACAGAUAUACAGAGAUGCCAGGGAGUGCCUAAAUCUUCUGUCAAACAGAUUGGGAACAUCUCAGUUUUUCUUUGGAGAUACGCCUUCUACCUUGGAUGCCUAUGUGUUUGGUUUUCUUGCGCCUCUUUAUAAAGUACGGUUCCCUAAAGUUCAGCUACAGGAACAUCUGAAGCAGCUCUUCAACCUGUGUCGCUUUUGUGAUGACAUACUAAGCAGUUACUUUAGGCUCGGAGGCGUCUCUCCAACUGGACAAGAAGUAGUAGAUGCAAACCUGCAGAAACUCACACAGCUUGUAAAUAAGGAAUCCAACUUGAUUGAGAAGAUGGAUGACAAUCUUCGCCAAAGCCCUCAGCUUCCUCCUCGGAAGCUUCCAGCCCUCAAGCUGACACCAGCUGUAGAAGAGAGUAAUUCCUUACAGUGUCUGUCACCGUGACAAUCGUUGGCUUUUUGUGCGU